AACAUUUGUUAAACUAAAACACUAUUUAACUGGGAGAUAAAUAUUCAGUCCAUGACAUUUUUGAAUUUAAACUCUUGACCUUUAAAUAUAUGUCUAAAAAAAUUAUUUAAAGCGUGAUUCAGAAUAAAAUAAAAACAAAUGCGUAACAACAUAUUUUAGGCGGAAGGCUUCUAAAAUAAUGGCAACUCUUGAAGAAGCAAUAGAAAAUGUCCGCCGAUUAGAAAAUUUAGCUUUAUACAAUGAUGAGCAGCCAACAAUUGAAGCCUCGCCGGCUUCCAUUACUUACAACUUUGAUUUUGACACAAACUUUUGUGAUAAAGAAGCAUUUAUUACUGGGAUCAGUCGGUAUAUGGAGGAAGCUGCUAUACAUCAACAGCUGAAUGACAUGCUGGAAACAGGAGAACAAUAUGCUUGUAUGUUAUAUACUUGGCGAUGUUUAUCAAGAGCAGUUCCUACAGCAAAAAAUGAUGAACAGUCCAACAGAACAGAAAUGUAUCAAGCUACAUUAGAUGUAAUGAAACCUCAUAUCCAGAAGUUAAAAGAUUUUAUGUAUUUUCAUGAAUCAGCUAUAACCACAUUCUGUUCAGAAAUAAAAAAGCUUUGUCAUCCGGAAAGAAAAAAAGAUUUUAUCUCAGAAACACACUUAUUAGCACUUGGAAAAUGUAUAAACAUGUUUGCUGUAUUAGGAUCAUUGAAAAAUAUGAAAGCAUGUCUGAAUAAUGAUUUUGCAUUUUAUAAGAGAGCUGAGACAUUUCUUAAACAGACCACAAAUGAUGCUCGAGCACUGCAAGAGUCACAAAAUCUUACUAUGUUUCUUGCAACCCAUGAUAUAAUUACUACUAAAUUAAAAGCUGGUCUUGAAGAUAUAGAAGGAAGCGAUGAAGUUUUAGCUGAUAUUAUUCAGCAAGCAUGCUAUUUCUUUGAAUUCAAAAUGUAUGUUCUACCAAAAGAAAAACAUCUUUUACUUAAGGUUAUAGGAUUCACCUUGUUUCUAUUAGACGGAAAAAAUGCUAACGUUAAUAAACUUGAUCAAAAGCGAAGAAUCAACAUUAAUAAAAUUGAUAAGUUUUUUAAGCAAUUACCAGUUGUUCCACUUUAUGGAGAUAUGCAAAUCUCACUUAUUUCAUAUGUCAAAAAUUGUCCGCAUUUCGAUGCAUCUAAAUGGAGUUGUGCAUCUGAAAAUGCAGAGGAGAAGAUUGGCAUGAUGCAAUACAAUUUAACUGGAAAAAUUGAUUCAAUUCAUGAUGAGCAUGUUAAGUUUAUGUCAGAGUUAUCAAAAAUAAAUAAUGAGUAUAACAAUGCUAAAGUAAAGAAGACUCUUUCUAUUGAAGAAUGUCGUGGACUAACAGAUUUAGCUUUGCGUGGCUUGCGAUUAAUAUCUAGUUGGAAUGCACAAGUUAUGGAGCUGUUUUACUGGAAACUACUCCAUCUUACUGAUAAAUACUCUAAUCCGCAAUGUCCUGAAACUGCUGAAGAAUACGAGCGUGCAACUCGUUAUAAUUAUGAUAGUAAUGAGAAGUUUGCACUUGUACAGACUAUGAGUAUGAUUAAAGGACUUUCAGGAAUAAUGUUUCGUCUUGAAGGAAUUUUUUCAAAUGCAAUUCGUUGUUUUAUUCAUGCUGAACUGCAAGACUUUGUCCAAAAUACUAUGCGUGAACCAUUGCGAAAGGCUGCUAAAAGUUCCAAAAAAACUCUAAUGAAAACAGUCAUGAUGGCGAUCCGGGAGACAGUUAUUGAUUUGUCAAAAUCAGCUGUUGAAGACCCUGCUGUAAGAGGAGAAAAAGAUCCUAAAAAUGGAUUUCGUAUUGAUAUUCCAUUUAGAUCAGUAGGGCCAUCAUCAACCCAGCUCUACAUGCUCAGAACCAUGUUGGAGUCACUCAGCUCUGAUAAAGCAGGCAGAGGAACAAAAAGUUUCAGAAAAGAUCUAGACAGCUCUACACUUAAUUCUAUUGAUGUAUUUUUGCGUAGCUCUUUCUUUUAUCCUUAUCUAUUGAAGUUUAGUCAAUCAUUAAAAGAAUGCUCUGAUUUAUCUCAAUUAUGGUACAGAGAGUUUUUUCUUGAGUUAACAAUGGGAAAACGUAUUCAAUUUCCAAUUGAGAUGUCGAUGCCUUGGAUUCUGACAGAUCAUAUUUUACAAGCAAGUGAUGCAGCUAUGAUGGAAUAUGUUCUUAUACCUCUUGAUUUAUACAAUGACAGUGCAGAUUGUGCUUUAAAUCGUUUUAAGAAACAGUUUCUUUAUGAUGAAGUUGAAGCUGAAGUUAACUUGUGUUUUGACCAAUUUGUGUUUCGACUUAGCGAAGACAUUUAUUCUCAUUACAAGCAGCUGGCAUCCAGCAUUUAUCUCAAUAAACGAUUUCGAAGUGAACUUGAGAAAAGAUACAUUGACGAAAAGCGCCCUAAGCCUGGAGACGAAUUGUUACCAUAUCCUCCAACUAAUCGGUUUGUUACAAUUUUGGCUCAGCGCCAUGUUCAACUUCUAGGAAGAUCAGUGGACUUACAUAAACUUCUGGAACAGCGUCUGACAAUAUCAUUAAGAAAAUCACUAGAUGUUGCUGUGUCGAGAUUUGAAAGUAAACCAUUAUGUUAUAUAAUGGAGCUUGAAACACUGACAGAAAUUUGUCGCUUAACACAUUUUCUUCUCUCCAAACAUAUCAGUCUACCUAAUUUUGAAUCAAUGUUUAUGGAAGCUAAUCAUGCUGUUUCUGCACCAUAUGGAAGAAUAACUUUGCAUGUGUUUUGGGAGUUGUAUUAUGAUUUUUUGCCAAAUUACUGUUAUAAUUCGUCAACUAAUAGAUUCACAAGAACAACACUCUCCUUUGUUAAAGAAGAGCCUCGUGAUCAGCCUCCAAAAGCAUCAAAUGUCCAUCUCUAUGGAAACAAAGAUUUGCACAGUGCAUACACAAAUAUUUUCUCAUUAAAUGAAAACUUUGUAGGAUCUGAACAUUUUGGAUGUAUAGUGCGAUUGCUUAGUUAUCAAGGAAUCGCUGUUGUAAUUGAAGAACUUUUAAAAGUUGUUAAAAAUUUGUUUCAAAGUACAAUCCAACAAUAUGUUAAAGUAUUAAUGGAUGGAAUGCCAAGUAAAUGUGGUCUCCCACGAUAUGAGUAUGGCUCCGCAGGUGUUCUGGAAUUUUAUAAUGCAAAUCUAGAGUCGAUUAUGCAAUAUCGUGAUCUAAAAACAGAAGUGUUUCAAGCAUUUAGAGAAGUUGGCAACAUCAUUAUAUUUUGCUUGCAAGUUGAAGAACAAAUGACACAAGAAGAAAUUGCUGAUUUGUUGCAUGCUGCUCCAUUUCAAGGAAUUAUACCACGCCCAUUUGUAAAAGAAAACAAUUGUUUAGAAAAAGAUACUGUUGAAGCAAAAAUGAAACGUUUAGAAGCUCAGUAUGCUGCCUUUCAACUUGUUUCUUUGGUUACUCGAUAUGGAACAGAUGAGCAACGUUUAAACAGUGAAGAAUCUGAUGUCAUUACUAGGGAAAGACUAUGUUGCGGUUUAUCUCUUUUUGAAGUUGUUUUACGUAGAAUUCAGUCGUUUUUGGAUGAUGAUGUCUGGAAAGAACCGACUCCUUCAAACGGUGUUAUGAGUAUUGAAGAAUGCAAAGAAUUUCAUCGCUUAUGGAGUGCCAUUCAAUUUAUUUAUUGUAAACCACUCGGACAAAACGAAAUAACUGUAGAAGAAACUUUUGGAGAGAGUUUAAACUGGGCAGGAUGUACUAUAAUAACCUUAUUGGGCCAAGAACACCGUUUUGAAGCACUUGAUUUUUCUGCACAUCUUUUAAGAGUUCAAGAGAUAGAUGCAAGACAAGAAACUGUCGCCGGUGUUGAUUUAAAACGGCUUGUGGAAAGAAUUAAACAAUAUCGUACAAUAAAUAAUGAAAUAUUUGCAGUGUUAAAUAGGUACUUGAAAUCGGGAGAAUCUUCGUUUGAACAUGUGCGCUGUUUUCAACCACCUAUACAUCAGGCUUUUAUGUCUGCUGUGUAAAAAUCAUGUUAUUAUGUAUAUAUUUAUUAUUUGUUUUGUGCUUUUUUAUAUUUUAUGUUUUAUACAUUUAGUUACAUUUCGUAAUUUAAUAAAUAGUUCCAUUAACAAAAAUUCAAAGGUCAAAAUUGUAGAAACACAUUUUGUGGAUGCAUUACGAUUAUUCAUAUAACACGCAUCAGUUUUGAAAAUAACAUGUUUUUUUUGUUUUUGUUUUUUUUUAUUCGAUGUAAAAAGAUAUAUAAACAAAUACACAAAUAAAAAAACA